CUGGCUGUUUCUGUUCCGAGUGGGGCGGAAAGCCGGGGAAGGAGAGCCGCAGUAGGCGGCCGCAGCCCGCGUGGAGUGUGUGCGGCUAGACGUCAACGUGAGCGUGAUGGCACACCUCAGUGAUCUUGACAAGGGCAGGCUCAUCUUGCUUUUCGAUCAAGGUCACUCUGUCAAGCAGGCGGCAGAGAUUCUCGGUGUAGCUCUAACUACUGCCAGACGGUGGAAACACCGUUAUGAGCAGGAAGGGGAAAGGGGUUUGAAAGCGCGCUAUGAUAAGUGUGGAAGAAAACGGAAGACGACGGAGGAGGAAGACAGGCACAUGGUGGAGGCGUUUUUGCCCUCCGUGGAGGAAAUGCGCCCCGACGAGGAGCGACCCUGGACUCUAAUGCAAGACAACGCCCCUAUCCACACAGCGAGGGCAGUCAAGCAGUGGUUCGAAGACCACGCAGACUCAGUUCGUGCCAUCCCCUGGCCCUCAAUAAGCCCAGACCUGAACCCUAUCGAAAAUGUGUGGUCUCUAGUGGUUCAUGAGCUGGAGGAGGAGCUGCGCCAGCCGGCCCGGCAGCUCAACCAGGACGAGCUCUGGGCCGCCGUCUUGGCGAAAUGAGAGGAGCUCCGCCGCCGCCCCGGCUACUUCCGGAGCCCAUGGUGGCCUCGAUGAGGCAGCGGCUGGAGCAGUGCUCCGAGGCAGCGGGCGGUCACACCUACUAAACCGUUCUGUUUGUUUGUCAUCUAAUGUUAAAGAACAGUGUUUUGUUUAUAAAUUUUACUUAUGUUACCUACAUGUGAUUAGUGUGCAAGAUGUAUAUUAGUACAAAUGUGACUCAGUGA